AUGGCGCCGCUCAGCAGACCGCCUUCACGUGAUCUCACCCAGAGUCGGCGACUGUCACGCGAAGAAACAUUCCAUCUGGCCGAAACAGCACGAAGAAAGACCUCGGACAAGACAGUCCGCGAGGAUCUCAGGCUAUCACUCAGCCACGGCCACCUACUAGAACAGCUUCUCCAAGAGAUCGCCCGAACGGAGCGAGAACUUCAAACAUCACCGACAGAAGACAAGUACCUGCUCCCCCAAGAACGGAAAUCAUCACAGCAGCAACGACGGACGUCGGUGGCGCAAAGGGAACUCGUCGAUGACGUCUUUUCUUACCGGUUCAACAACGAUACCCCCCAAACUGAAGACCACCAGACGGUCUCUGAAACAGGCAGUAAAGCUACGGCUUCGCGACGGAAGAUGGAUCUUCUGAGAUGUCCCCAUAUUAUGGCUGACAAUUUACCUCGAAGACCACACAUGGCGGAGGAGAUGGAAGACGGACUGACGACGACGGGGGAGGACAUUGACGGGUGGCAGACGAGGACUCUGGGCAAUCGAAUGGUCCACACAGGCUAUUGGAGGAGCUUUGUGCUCUACACCUGUGUCCCUGUUCGAUCUGCUCAAGGGAACCGUCGAAAACCGGAUCUUUGCGAUCCUGUCGUUCAGAUCCUAUUAAGGAGAAAGACGGACGACGGAUAUGCGGAGGAACCAGAUUCCAAGCUGGCAGAUAGAUACUAG